AUGGGCGCGGCGGCCGUGCGCUGGCACUUGUGCCUGCUGCUGGCCCUGGGCUGGCGCGGGCGGCCGGCGGGGGCCGGCGGGCUCGCAGGAGCUACGGACGUGGACGAGUGUGCAGAGGGCACGGACGCCUGCCACAUCGACGCCAUCUGCCAGAACGCGCCACGCUCCUACCGGUGUCUCUGCAAGCCCGGCUACAAGGGGGACGGCCGGCAGUGUGAAGAUAUUGAUGAGUGCGAGAACGACUACUACAAUGGGGGCUGCGUGCACGAGUGCAUCAACAUCCCGGGCAACUACAGGUGCACCUGCUUUGACGGCUUCAUGCUGGCCCACGAUGGACACAACUGCCUGGACGUGGACGAGUGCCAAGACAACAACGGCGGCUGCCAGCAGAUCUGCGUGAACGCCAUGGGCAGCUACGAGUGCCAGUGCCGCGGCGGCUUCUUCCUCAGCGACAACCAGCACACCUGCAUCCACCGCUCGGACGGGGGCAUGAGCUGCAUGAACAAGGACCACGGCUGUGCCCACAUCUGCCGGGAGACGCCCAAGGGCGGGGUGGCAUGUGACUGCAGGCCGGGCUUCGACCUGGCGCCCAACCAGAAGGACUGUACACUCACCUGUAACUAUGGCAACGGGGGCUGCCAGCACAGCUGCGAGGACACGGACGCGGGGCCCCUGUGCGGCUGCCACCAGAAGUACGCGCUGCACGCCGACGGCCGCACCUGCAUUGAGGAGGAUGAGGCUGCAAUGGAGCGCGCGCGCUUCAGUGCCACGUCAGUAGCUGAUGUGGACAAGCGUGUGAAACGGCGGCUCCUCAUGGAGACCUGCGCGGUCAACAACGGCGGCUGCGACAGGACAUGCAAGGACACGGCCACGGGCGUCCGGUGCAGCUGCCCCGUGGGCUUCACGCUGCAGCCCGACGGGAAGACGUGCAAAGACAUCAACGAGUGCCUGGCCAACUCGGGCGGCUGCGACCAUUUCUGCCGCAACACGGUGGGCAGCUUUGAGUGCGGCUGCCGGAAGGGCUACAAGCUGCUGACGGACGAGCGCAGCUGCCAGGACAUCGACGAGUGCUCCUUCCGGCGGGCCUGCGACCACAUCUGCGUCAACUCGCCCGGCAGCUUCCAGUGCCUGUGCCGCCCCGGCUACGCGCUCUACGGCGCCACCCACUGCGGAGACGUGGACGAGUGCAGCGUGAACAACGGGAGCUGCGAGCAGGGCUGCGUCAACACGGAGGGCAGCUUCGAGUGCGUGUGCCCGCCCGGGCGGCGUCUGCACUGGAACCGCAAGGACUGCGUGGACACGGGUCAGUGCCUGUCCUCCCGGGCCAAGGCCUGGCCGCGCACGCAGCUGACCUGCAGCCGGACGGGCGGCGUGGAGAGCUGCUCCCUCUCCUGCCCCGUGCACACGCUCUCUGCCCCAGACUCGGAGAACAGCUACAGCCUGAGCUGUGGCGUCGCGGGGCUCCGGGGCAGGACGCCCCAGAAGCGCAACAGCACCGGCCCCGGCUGCCCAGGUGCCCCCGCCGCCCCCAUCAGGCAGAAGGCCCGUUUCAAGAUCCGAGAUGCCAAGUGCCGCCUGCAGCCCCGUGGCCGCGAGCCCACCCAGGACGAUCCCCGGCAGCUGCUGCCCGAGAACGGCCACGUGACCUCCGUGACCCUCAAGUGCGACUCGUCCAAGAAGAAGCACCGUGGCCGCGUGGGCCCGUCCCGGGAGGCGACGCACAUCACCGCCGAGUUUGAGGUGGAGACGGAGGCGGACGGGGCCUCAGGCUCCUGCGAGGCGCAGUGUCUGCAGAAGCGCGUGGAGCAGAGCCUCCAGGCCGCCGUCAGGGCCCUGCGCAGGGCCAUCAGCCGCCAGCUCUUCUCCGUCCGGCUCGCGGGCACCGAGUACGAGGUGGCCCAGCGGCCAGCCAAGGCCCCAGACGGCCAGGGCGCGUGCAGCCUGGGCCAGGCACUGCAGGACGGCAGAUGCGUGCCCUGCGGCCCUGGCACCCACUUCGACGGGGAGCUGGGCCAGUGUGCGCCCUGCCCGCCGGGGACCUACCAGGACCGGGAGGGCCAGCUCGGCUGCACCCCGUGUCCCAGCAGCGACGGCCUGGGCCUGGCCGGCGCCCGCAACGUGUCUGAGUGUGGAGGCCAGUGUCUGCCAGGCUCCUUCUCGGCCGACGGCUUCCGGCCGUGCCAGGCCUGUCCGGUGGGCACGUACCAGCCUGAGCCAGGGCGCACCAGCUGCUUCCCCUGUGGCGGGGGGCUGCUGACCAAGCAUGGGGGCACCACCUCCUUCCAGGACUGCGAGACCAAAGUGCACUGCUCGCCGGGCCACCGCUACAACACCACCAGCCACCGCUGCAUUCGCUGCCCCGUGGGCACCUACCAGCCCGAGUUCGGCCAGAACCACUGCGUGGCCUGUCCCGGCAACACCAGCACCGACUCGGACGGCUCCACCAACGUCAGCCACUGCAAAAACCAGCACUGCGGAGGCGAGCUGGGCGACUACACGGGCUACAUCGAGUCCCCCAACUACCCCGGCGAGUACCCCGCCAACGCCGAGUGCGUGUGGCACAUCUCCCCACCGCCCAAGCGCAGGAUCCUCGUCGUGGUCCCCGAGAUCUUCCUGCCCAUCGAGGACGAGUGCGGAGACGUCCUGGUCAUGAGGAAGAGCGCCUCGCCCACGUCCAUCACCACCUACGAGACGUGCCAGACCUACGAGCGCCCCAUCGCCUUCACCUCCCGCUCCCGCAAGCUCUGGAUCCAGUUCAAGUCCAACGAGGGCAACAGCGGCCGCGGCUUCCAGGUGCCCUAUGUCACCUACGACGAGGAUUACCAGCGGCUCAUAGAGGACAUCGUGCGGGACGGGCGGCUCUACGCCUCCGAGAACCACCAGGAGAUUCUGAAAGACAAGAAGCUGAUCCAGGCGCUGUUCGACGUGCUGGCGCACCCGCAGAACUACUUCAAGUACACGGCGCAGGAGUCCAAGGAGAUGCUCCCCCGGUCCUUCAUCCGGCUGCUGCGCUCCAAGGUCACGCGCUUCCUGCGGCCCUACAAGUAGCCGCCCUGCCCGGCCGUCGGCUC